GAAUAUCGGACCUGGGCGUGGCGAAAUCCGUGCGGAAAAAUCAUUUUCUCAUUUGAUUUAAUGCCAAGUCGUCACACUGUUCACUCCCUUUUCUCAGUUUGUCAGUUACGUUCGAGCCACUUGUUAUUGUUCUGUUUUACAGAACAAUUUUCGUUGUUUGUUUGUUUUUUCUCUUAGUUUCUAUUUGUUCGGUGUGUUUUUCGUUUUCCCAGUUAUUUUUGCAAAAUUGUGUAAUUUUCUACUAACCAGAGGAUCAACGAUUUCCAUUCUUUUGCAAAUUCCAAAGGAGCGGCGCUGUCGUCCAAUUUACGUCGCCGUCUUCUUCGUCAGUGUUUGUUGUCGUCGCCUCGUUCGUCCUUGAUUUCAUUUCGUCCUCGUACAACAAAAAAGAAAUAUCAACCAGGAUCACCGCAACACGCAGUUUCCAAAUGCUUUAAACGAUUCGGCAAACCUCUAAGCAAAAAUGUAUACAUAUAUAUAGAAAUACCAAAAAAUAUAAAAUUAUAAAAAGACAAGCGGCGAAUCCAGAACCGAAAACACCAAAUAACAAAGAUACAAACCCAAAGUCACAGGAGGCUCGCAACAUUUUUACAAAUUUGCAAUACAUUUUAAGAGAGACAGAGAGGGAGACAAGAAGGAGAAAAGGUGUUUGCGUCUGUUCGUCGUAUCAGGAUCUCUUCUCCAAGCCCCCGCCCCUCCCCCGGAGAAAGGAACUGUGGUUGCACUUUCCGUGGCGAGAGGAGACACCCCCAUUGGAAUGGCUCUCUUGGAAGAGCGGCAGGACAUUAGGGAGCAGCAGUAGGAUCAGCAGUGAAUAGGAAGGAGCCAGGAGCUAGGAGCAAGGAGUGCAGCGACCUCAAGGAGCUAAGCAGGAAGCAGGAUAAAGGAAUCUGGACACUGGAAGCAGGACAAAGGAAGCUGGAUACAGGAAACAGGAUAUAUAGGAAACCGGAAAUACAGCCCCAGGCAGUAAAAAAAGUCAUUUAAAUAGGAAGACGAGUCCCUUACCAACCCAGGAAGCGCCAGAAAAAAGGAUAAUGAAUACCUUGGAGGAGCCAGUCCUGGCGGUGGACACGGUCGAUCCGUGUUCGCCGGGGCCUCCCAGCCUGAAGACCGUUCUCAGCGACGAUGCCUCGAACUCAUCGGUGCUGGAGGACAUCGACGUGAGCAACACGAGCAGCAGCAGCUCCAGCUCGAGCAGCUCCAGCUCCAGCUCGGGCUCCUGCUCGGGCUCGGGCACGGACACGGACACCGGCAAGGGCAGCAGCACGGUCGGCAGCCUCGAUGUGACCAGCUCCUCGAGCAUCGGCUCGGCGGCCUCCAUCUCAUCGACGGGCUCUACGGCUAUCGCCGGCCCCUCCGGCGGCUGCCUGCUGGACGACUCGAACUCCUCGGGCCUGGGCCUGGUGGUGGAUGUAGACAGUGCCGGGAGCAGCCAGGAGCUGAGCAGCCACGGCGUCACCGAGCUGGACUCGCUGGAGGACUCGUGCAACGGCCUGAUGAUCAAGGACGGGGACAAGCUGUGCAAGCUGUGCAGCUCGCGCCUCGUGAUGCCGCGCAUCCUGUCCUGCCUGCACGUCUUCUGCGAGGACUGCCUGCAGGCUGUGGUGUCGAAGGACUCAAUGGCGGCCAGCUCGCCGAACAGCUGCUCCUCGUCCUCGUUCGACGGCAGCGAGAACCAGCACCGCCUGCCCGCCCUGCUGCUCGAGUGCCCCGUUUGCAAGCAGGAAACGCCCCUGGGCCCCAAGGGGGUCAAGGGUCUGACCUGCGACUACAUCGUGACCAAUAUACUGGACCUCUCCAACCUGGAGUCGGAGCACAUUGUGUGCACCUCGUGCAAGAGCAAGGAGGAGGCCAUCUCGCGGUGCAACGACUGCGCCAACUUUCUGUGCAACGGCUGCGACAAUGCCCACAAGUAUAUGCGCUGCUUCGAGAACCACCAUGUGGUGCGCAUCGAGGAUCUGACCAAGAACGUCCACGACAAGCUGAUCAUCCACAAGCCGGUGUGCUGCCGGCAACAUGUGAGCGAGAAUCUCAAGUACUACUGCUUCAACUGCCAGGUGCCCACCUGCAACGACUGCUUGCUGAGCGACCACAAGGGCAGCGAUCACCACUACGAGACGGCCACGGUGGCAGAGCAGGCGGUGCGCGCCGAUCUCGAGCAGACGCUGAGCGAGGCGCUCAAGAAGGCCGACUACUGCAACGAUGCGGGCGGCAACCUGGGCAGCGCCCUCACGGAGCUGCAGUCGCAGCACGACACGGUGCGCCAGCAGAUCGAGGACGCCUACAAGAGCUACAAGCGUAUGCUCGAAUCGAUCAAGGACCAGAUGCUCAACGAGCUGGGUCGCCUCCACUCGGAGCGCGAGCUCAAGAUCAUGGACCUGAUGCAGAGCCUGGAGAACAACAUGGGUAAGCUGCAGCAGGCGGCGCAGUUCGGCCAGCGGGCCAUCGACAAGGCCAAUGCCGUGGAGUUCCUGCUCCUGAAGCCCGUGAUCAAUGCCCAGUGCUUGAAUCUCAUGGAGCAGACGCCCAAGUGCGACGUCAACUAUCAGCUGCAGUUCGACUCCAAGCCGGAGAAGUUUGAGCAGUUCGCCAGGGAGAUGUUUGGCAAGUUCCAAACCGAUCAGAGUGACACCAGUCCCAAGAAGCAAGUGAUGGCACAACAGCAGCAGCAACAACAGCAGCAGCAGCAGCAGCAAGUGCAACAGCAACACCAGCACCAUCAAGUGCAGCAGCAGCAGCAACAUGUGCAGCACCAACAGCAGCAAUUGCAGUUGCAGCAACAGCACAGCUCAAACAACCUUAUUGUGGGUCAUCGGGGCAGCUCCUCUGUCCAGGGCCGCCUCAGCUCUGCCGUAUUCAGUCCCAUAUCGCUGCCCUCCUCGCUGCAGAGUUCCUUCGAUGGCGACACAAACUCGGUGAUGACCAACUUCUCCAUGAUGGACUCGCCGCCGCAGCCACCUUCGCAGCAGCAGUUGCCCUCUGCCCAGCAGCAGCAGCAAUCGCAACAGCAGCAGUCGCAACAGCAGCAGCAGGCGGUGGUGUUGCAGCAGGUGCAACAACAGCAGCAGAAGCACCAGCAACACCAAGUGCAGCAGCAGCAACAGCUGCACCAGCCACCAUCGGCCCAAACCAUGCCCCCGCAGAUGGCCCAGCUGGUUGCCCCGCAGGGCAUUGUCCAGCAGGCUGCUCAUGUCAAUCUCAACGCCGGUCCCGGCCCGAACAUAUCCAUCAAUGGCCUGGGCGCCGGGGGUCCGCCGCCCAGCUUCAGCAUGCUGGAGUACAAUAUCUCGCGGUUGGCCAGCUUGACGGAGACGAUGCCUGACACCCUCAACGACGCCCUGGCCGUCGGAGGCGGUGCGGCCGGACCUGUGCCGAAUGUUGCUCAAGUGCCUGGUGGUUCCGUGGCCGUGGCCGGGGGAGCUGUCGUCGGCGCGCCGCAUCCGCAUCAGCAGCAACAGCAGGCCGUGAUGCCGGCAUCGGCGGGGCCGUCCACGCAGACCAUCACCCUGGCGGACAUCCUCUCGGGCGACCAACGAGCGCUGAAUAACCUGCAGGCGCUGGCCAAGCUGGGACUCAACAACAAUGACGACGAUGAUCUUUUGUUGAACGGAUCCUCAACGGGCAUUGAUUUUUUGUCAGAUUUCUGCAUGCCGCCGGCCACCUCGCCCAGCUUGCAGUCGCUCAACCCGAUCGCGGGUGGCGUGGAGGACAUGGGACUGAACAACUUCCAUGCCGUGGCGGCGCCGGGCACCACCAGCGUGGUGACGGGCCGCAACAAGGCCACCCCCAUGCAGAUCCGCUGCAAGUUCGGCUCCCUCGGCACGGCUAAGGGCCAGUUCAACUCGCCCCACGGCUUCUGCCUGGGCGUCGACGAGGAGAUCAUCGUGGCGGACACGAACAACCACCGCAUCGAGGUCUUCGACAAGAUGGGCGCCCUCAAGUUCCAGUUCGGAGUGGCCGGCAAGGAAGAAGGCCAGCUCUGGUAUCCGCGCAAGGUGGCCGUGAUGCACAACAACGGCAAGUUCGUGGUCUGCGACCGCGGCAACGAGCGCUCCCGCAUGCAGAUAUUCUCCAAGUGCGGACACUUUAUGCGCAAGAUCGCCAUCAGAUACAUCGAUAUCGUGGCGGGACUGGCUGUCACCGCUAAGGGUCACAUCGUGGCCGUCGAUAGCGUUUCGCCCACCGUGUUCGUCAUCUCCGAGGAGGGCGAACUGGUUCGCUGGUUCGACUGCAGCGACUACAUGCGCGAGCCCUCCGACAUUGCUAUAAGAGACAACGACUUUUACGUGUGCGAUUUCAAGGGCCAUUGUGUGGCCGUCUUCCAGGACGACGGCACAUUCCUCUAUCGCAUUGGCAACGAGAAGGUCACCUGCUUCCCCAACGGCAUCGAUAUUUCGAAUGCCGGGGACGUGCUCAUCGGCGACUCGCACGGCAAUCGCUUCCACGUCGCCUGCUACUCACGUGAGGGCGCCCUCCAGUCUGAGUUCGAGUGUCCCCAUGUCAAGGUUUCCCGCUGCUGCGGCCUUAAGAUCACAUCCGAGGGCUAUGUGGUGACGCUGGCCAAGAACAACCAUCAUGUUCUGGUCUUGAACACCCUCUAUGUUCACUGAUUGCAAAUCAAAGCGCGCAAUAAUCGUCCAUCAGUCGAUAUGAACAAAUACAACUACAAAUACUCGUCGGGCAAGAUAUACGGGUGUCGACGGCAGCAAGCAACCAGCAGCAGCAGCAACAGCAAUAGCAACAGCAAUAGCAACAGCAACAGCAACAUCAACCUCUUGGCAAGGACUCAACCUCAACACUGCAAUAGCAACGGCAACAGUAUCAGUCAAAUGUGCAACAUGAGCAACGUGAACAACUUGAGCAACAUGAGCACCUUGAGCAGCAUAAGCAGCAUAAGCAACAUAGACAACGUCAGCAACUUGGGCAACAUUGGCCUCAUUUGCAACAGCAGCAACAGCAACCAACAGCCGUCGACGACAGCAACAUCAGUCAUUCAAUAGCAACUUGAUGCGAGAAUUAGGAGAGUGUUGCAGCAAGGCAAAGCAAGCUAGCUGGAAACAACGACAUUAGACUACCAGCAAUUGCAACAAUCCAGUUAGAAGUAUAUAUAUGACAAAGUAUAUAUACCUGUACGCUAGAAGAGGGAAAAGCAAAAUCUCGAAACACCAAAAAUCCUUUUAAAAACCACAAACGUUGCCGUUUCAAGAGCCACAGCAACUGUAUAAAACAAUAACAAAAAACGAUAAACAAAAUGCAACAAAUACUAUUUUUGAUCUCUAAUUUAAAAACAAUUAGCGCUACUACUAAAAACAAACAUCAACAAAUCUAACAAAGAAUACAAACAAAUAUUUUACUUAGUGUAACGAAUAACAACAGCAAAAAGAAUAAGAAGAAAGAGCAAGAGGAGCAAACGAAGAAAAGUGGGGUAUUUUGAAAAUGUUUUUUAAAAACUCUUUUUGAAUUGUUUUUGAUUAUGCUUUUUUCAUUGAAUUUAUGUUCUUGUUAAAAAUUGUCAUACACUCACACACACACGCCACACUCACACAAACACUACUACUUUACAUGUUACUUAUUAUCUAUAUAGACAUAUAUAUUGUUAUAUCGACCGAUUAGCUUUUUUGUGCAUACCCUUCCAGAAUCUUUUUCUAAAAAACAAAACGACAAAAAAAACGAAACACGCAUAUAUAUAUCUACACCUAGUAUACAACAUCUAUGUAUAUCUAGCAAAAUGUGCAACUUUUGUGCACAGGUUUUGCUAAACAAAUAAGGAGGUAAAUCAUUUGUUGAGGGCGUCAUCAGAGGUCGCGUACAGGCAAUAAUUCUAGAAGAAGAUGAAAUCCAAGUAGUUAUUUUGAUUUCGAAACUGAAACCAAACACUAAGAUAACAAAAUUCAGAAAAUAACAAAACUGUUUAGGUUUUUCCUUACGCUGCUUAUAUAAGGUGAUAUCUAUUUAUAUAUAAAUCUAUAUGAAUAUAUAAAACAAAACAAAACAAAACAAAACUAUAUAUAUCUUAAACAUAUAUGUGAAAUCCUAUGACUAUAUGACUUUGCCAUAUAAUAUACAAAAAGCAGGACGAGAAGAGAGCAGUAGGGAGUUAGGCAUAGGCGAUAGGGAUAGCGAGGGACGAAGGACGAGAGGAGGCAACACACACUACACCAGAGACCGACCCAGAGAAAAUACAUUCGAUAUGUGUCCAACUAAUUGCGUUCUUCACGCCACAGCGAUCCAACCAGAACUACAGACAACAAACUCAACAUACAAACUACUCUGUAAGCUAACAAACCAAACAAAUCGAAUGCGGACUCGUGAAUCGGCGGUCCGCAUUAGGCCAACAACUAUGAUAACUAAAACAGCAGAGAGACAACAAAAAAAAGCGUUAAAAAACCUACAAACGUAUCUGUUAAGUUCUAUUAUACAUUGUUAAACGAAACAAAGAAAAACAAAUAUUCCUUUUGCUUGUAUACAAAAAACAAAUGCAAUACACAACCGCAACACUCACAACAUACACCCACUCACGAUUUAUAUGGGCGACAUAGCGACAAACAACCAUUUAAGAUGGUAAAUGAUAUGUACGGAUACAUGCAACAUUUCUUUCCCGUUGUAAUACAAUAUAAGGCUGGUUUACUCCCAAGACAUUAUUAUUUAUCUAUAUACAAAAUAACGAUUUAACAUUUUUUAAUUGUGUGAAUUUUACCGUGUGAGAAGCGAUAGGUAGAACAACAAAGUGGCGUUUUAUUUAGAUGAUUUAGAAGUUGGGCGAGAGAGCAAAGCGAAGCAAGCAACUUAUUUUCUAUAGGCUGUAACCACGUUUAUUAUAUACAUCCACAACCACAUCAACAUCUACACUUAUGUUUACACUACACAUACUCACAAAACGUGCACCGUGCUGCAUGCAGCAUGCAGCAUACUUUGCACCGACAACGAAACGAAUCCUUUGUAUUGUGUACCAUAUCCUGGUCGUUUUCGAUUCCUUUUCAAUGUUUUAAACAGCAGAAAUAAUGUUAGACCCAUCUUUGGCCGCAGCGCUGAGAAAAGUGAAGAAAACUGUUUUAAAUCUUGUCAUUUUUAAAAUUUUUAAUCCUAGUUUAAGCAUAUACACAACACAGAACCAUGAAAAUCGCGUUUAUGUUCAUGUUAAAUGUUAAGUUAAACUAAUCGAGCAAGUGUGCGAUAAUGAAUACCCAGAAGCACUUGCUGGACCAUCAUUUACUGUCAUACUUGUAAUUACAAUUAUUUUUGUUUAGUUUUUACGUUGUUACGUGUGAGGCUACACAGUUCUGUAUACCUAAUUAUAAUUUAGCUUAAGAAAAUACCUAUGAUUAACUACCACAACCAAUGUGAAGCGCUUCUAUUUAUGUUAUACCACUGAAAUUAUGAACAUAAUUGAUAAUUGAUAGUAUGUACCCCAAUUUUGUUGUUGAUCGUAGGCGAGAAAAGCAGGUCCUAGUAGGGGAGGUACAAUUAUGAUUGUGUAUGAUUGUGAGCGAAAGAGAGAGAGGGUAAAAAAUGCAAUUUUUUGUGAAACAAUUUGGCUGUUGAAAUAUAUAUUUUUAAUUUUA